AUCAUACCAAAAGAAUCUUGCAAGUUUUCUGUUAUAGGUUAUCUAUGUAGAGAUUAUCUGCGAUUAUCUAGCAUCCUACUGACACGUUUUGUCCACGUGGUUCGGCUUGAGGCCGCAAGAUAAGACGCAAUCAAAAAUGAUAGAUCGUGAAAGUAUCAAACGCUCGGAACAUCAACCGGAAUUGCGUACAAAGUAAAUACAGAAUCAUUAAUGAGACUCGUUUAGAACAUAUGUAAGCUACGAUGAGGUUAGCUGAAUCGCUUUCCGAAGAUUUGUCGAUUGCAUUCUUAUUCGAUCACCAACUCGAAAUUACGACUCGUUCUUGUAUUGCGCGAAUUUACGCGGACUUUUCAUCGUUAAUACUUUUUAUCAGAUGUUAGUCAAAUGGCAAUAUUUACAUCCAGAAGGCUGCUCAAAGCCGCUGCUAUUGGAACAAUUGGGUUAGGCACCCUGGCAUCUCUCAGAGCAAACGAGUAUGACAUUGGAGCCAUUGGAAUUGUACGACUGAGCCGGGCUGCGCUUGCAGUACUCGAUAUAGGUCAUUAUUAUAAGAAAGAAUUGUAUAAUAGUAAAUUGGACAAAACAUCGUCAGAGUACCUGCAGCUGAAAUCGGACGUUCACAAGUAUGGAGCGCAGAGGUUACUGGAGCUCUGCUGUGCCAACAAAGGAGUCUACAUUAAAGUAGGUCAGCAUGUGGGCGCGUUGGAUUACUUGCUGCCCCAGGAGUAUGUGCACACUUUGCGAGUAUUGCACAGUUCGGCACCCCAGUCUUCGUUCAAGGAUAUCCUCACUGUGAUCAAAGAGGACUUUAAGAAAGAUCCAUACCAGAUAUUUCAGAGCAUCGAUCCGGAACCUCUAGGCACUGCCAGCCUCGCGCAAGUGCACAAAGCUGUCCUCAGGGAUGGUGAUGUGGUGGCCGUUAAGGUGCAGCAUCGCGCCGUCAAGAGUAACUCCUAUGUCGAUAUCAAGACUAUGUCGGCCCUGGUGAAGAUCACGUCGCUAGUGUUUCCGGAUUUCAAGUUUGAUUGGCUGGUCGACGAAACGAAGAGGAACAUUCCACAGGAGCUGGAUUUCACCCGCGAGGGUAAAAACGCCGAGAAAGUACAGAAGCUCUUCGGUGAUUAUCGCUGGUUGAGAGUGCCGAAGAUAUAUUGGGAUGUAUCGUCGUCACGCGUCCUCACGAUGGAGUUCCUGGAUGGCGGACAGGUGAACGAUCUCGAAUACAUGCGUGCCCAUCAGUUAAAUCCAUACGAGGUCACUAGCAAGCUCGGUCGUCUGUACAGUCAUAUGAUCUUCAUCGAGGGCUUCGUGCAUUCGGAUCCGCAUCCAGGCAACAUUCUGGUACGCAAUCGUGACUCCCAGGCGGAAAUUGUGCUAUUGGAUCAUGGCUUAUACGCCAAUCUGUCCGAUCAGUUUCGAUGGGACUACUCGAAACUGUGGUUGGCGAUUCUCGACGGGGAUCGGGUCGCCAUGAAGGAGCAGUGCGCGCGACUCGGCGUCGUCGAUUAUUAUGGUUUGCUGUCAUGCAUGGUGUCGGGUAGAACGUGGGAUACGAUUAUAUCGGGCGUGCGUAAGACCCGGUAUAACAUCCAUGAGAAAGAGGAGUUUCAACAACAUAUCCCGAACAUGUUACCGCAGAUCAGCACCGUACUGGACCGUGUCAAUCGACAGAUGCUACUGAUCCUCAAGACCAACGACUUGAUGCGCGGCAUCGAGUACUCGCUAUGCACCCAAUCCAGAAUGUCAGCUAUGAUAGAGAUGUCCAAGUGCUGCGUACGCUCCGUAUACGGCGAGAAACUUAGGCACUGUUCAAACGCGUGGAAUAAGUGCUGGGUAUCCUGUGCAGAGCGCUGGGUGCUCUUCAAAUUGUCAAUUUAUUAUGUCUACCUGGGCCUGAUACACUUCGACCUGAACAAGUCGGUCGAUUCUUUGUGGACAAAGGAUUUCUAUUCGUUUUAAUGGAAGCUCCCACUAGGCCGAAUAUAUUUCUUAAUAUUUAACUAGGAGAGCAGUGUCCCUUUCAAAAAUAGUUUUACAGAUAUAUAUAUAUAUUUUUUUUACUUGUAGGUAACAAUAUGUAUAAAUGUGAUUUGAUAUUUUGCAUAUAAUAAUUUGUAAAGUACAUAUAUUUUGUUUGUUCUCUUUUGAUUUGUUUAUGAUCUCUCAGUCUACCUCAUAAAUUAGACAUUAAGAUUUACAU